GUGACGGCGGCCGCCAUCUUGGCAGUGUCUCGCCGACGGUGGUGAGAGGUGCGGAUCGGUGACGUCGCGUCGCGGCUGAAACAAACACCGAGUGCGUGCGACCGGCCCGUCGGCUCACGCACGAGCAGCGCCGACGUAUCGCGGGCGACGUUGGGAGCCGCGUGUGCCACCGCAGGUGUUCGCCGGCGCGCCGAACGAACGGUUUUGUGAAUAAACCGCGUGUAACCCCGUGCCCCCGUCGAGCGGUCGAGCGAUCCUGAGGAACAUCGGCGGCCGCCGGACAAUACCGCUUGCGCGCGGCAGUCAUCGGCGACGUCGUCGCCGCCGUCACCGACGAGGCCCCGCGACGAUGCCGCGUCGCCCGACGCUCGCAUAGGCAACCCUCGCCGUCGCCCUCGCCGUGGCCGCCGUCGCCGCCGCUCGUCCCUUCAUCACCGUCUUCUCUUCGUCCCCCUAGAUCGACCGCGCGGCGGACCACGGUGGACUCAUGGAGGGCACGCUGGAGGAGCCUGCCGCCAAGGACCCAUCCCGGGGCAGCCCCGACAGGCACUUGAAAGAUGUGAUUAUUCCGAACGGCGUGAAUGGAAACUACAGUGCCGACAACGAAGAGUACAUGGAUACCAGUGAUAGCGCGAGUAAGGUAGCAUUGAAAGAUAUUGUCGAAGAAGAGGAGGCUAAUGAGGAGGAGGAGGAGGAGGAGGAGGAGGAGGAUGAGGGUGAGGAGGAUGAGGAUGAGGAGGAAGAGGAAGAGGACGAUAGGGACGAGGAGGAUGACGAGGAUGAACGUGAGAGAUCGGUCGAGAUGCGAGAGAGUAAAGAGGACAGUGAGCAUAACGAGGCAAUAGGUAAUCCUAGCAAGGAGGGUGAAGCGUUCGACCUGAAAAAUGACUUUAAGGUAUCCGACUCACCCGACGGUGUAAGUGAGACGAACGAUUCUAGUGAAGUGUCUAAAACCGAAAUAGCCGAGUGUAAAAACACGUCCUGUGAGGCCAUGGAGGUGGACGAGCAAAGUAAUAACUCUGACGUAGAGUGUCUCGACGAGAGUAUCACGGAGAUACAGUUGGACAGCGACGAUGUGUUCAUCUCGAAGAAGGCCGUUGCCAAGCGGGACAGCAACGCCGACGUGUCGUCAAACUGUAGUUGUGACAGUAGUGAGAUCGCCGACAACAGCAUAGAGAAGUCGGACGACGUGAAGCUCUGCGAGGAGAACGGGAGCUGCGACAGCCCCGACAUCGAGGAGAUUACCGACGGCGCCAAGAGCAACGAUCACGACGCGUUGUUGGAGCACGCGGUGAAGGAUGCCAAGCAGCGGAAGCAGCGAAAACAGAUAGAUCUAAGUAACAUCACGCCGAGAAGAAGCUCGCGCAACAUCAAGCGCACGAGUUACAUAGAGAAGGAGCUGGAGGAGGAGGUGGACGACGAUGGAUCUGACAUAGAGGAGAUCAAGCCGGAGGAUCCGCUGGCCGUGAUCGAUAGCAAGGACAAGGAGAACUCGAAGCUCAAGUCGCCGGUGAGGAACAGCAAGACCACCAUCGUCGUCAACGACACCAAGCGGCUGGUGGAGAUCGCCGCCGGCAGCAAGUCUAUCAAGGGCGGGAAGAAGGAACCCACGUUAGUCAUAAUAGACACGAACUCGAUCCUCUCGGGUCGCGGCGGGGUUCCCGUGAGCAACAGCAAGCCCCACCACUCGGUGCCCAACUCCAGCUCGUUCUCGGUCGUCCCGAUGGGCGGUAUAACGACGCAGACGAUGUAUCCGAACAUGAGGACGACCAUCACGCCGGUGCCCAUGACCUCGAAGGCGGCGCAGCUCAGCCCGAAGACCAGUAGCAUGACCACAGUCACGCCGACGGUGGUGCCGCCGAUUCUGCCGACCCUGACCGACGACAUGUUCGUGGUCGAAGCGCCAUCCUUUAUAGUACCUUACGUAUACGAGAAGCCGCCCCUGAAGCCGCUAAAGGAGUACGUCACCAAGUUGGAGAGGUGCAUAGAGGAGUGGGAGAAGGAGGAGAAACUCAAGAGACUCGUCGACGAGAGCAAGGACGCCGAGGAGUACAAGGAGGACUCUUUGGAUAUCGUUAAAAGGGCCAGCGACAAGUCCGAGGAGAGCGACGUCGAGGGCAGGGCCAAGCGAGAGGGGGACGACCGGGGCGGUGGCGACGGCUCGAUAGACCUGAUCGAGCACGGUUUCAGUGGCAUCAGUGACAAACACGAGCUGAGGCAGGACGACAGAAACAAAAUACCCACGUACUUCGACCUGCCGCUGGGCAAGUUCUUCAUGCAAAUCGGAAUGAACCUCGUUCAGGAGUAUGUGCAAACCGACCUCUUACGGACUCAAAAGCGUAAACAGGGCAAGGGUAGCACGUCGGCCGAGACUCAAUUAGCUAUAAAUUCGCUUAUCAAGAAUCUAGAGUUUAGUAAAGAGAAUAACGAGCCAUUCCACUUAGAGAUGAAGAAGUGCGAGUUCUGUAGCUUUAAGACGGAAUCGACGUUAGUCAUGCAGCACCACCUGGAGACGCCGCAUAUGCGCAACUACGUUUACAAGUGCAACUUCUGCCCGAUGGAGGUGCGCAGCCCGCACGACAUCCUCUAUCACAUGGAGGCGGAGCACAAUACUCGCGGCAGACUGGAGCGCGGCCCCGCCUUCCACCAGUGCCCCAACUGCCCGUUCGAGGACAAUCAGAAGGGCAAGCUGACGCGGCACAUUCUCGCCUGCACCAAGAAGUUCAGACCGGAGCGGAACCUGGAGCCCGCGGUAGAUUGGGAGCCGCCGGCCAAGAUACCGCGAUUGAAUCGCGCGCGGCCCGUCGGCCCGACCAACCCGAGCGCGCUCGCGGCAAUGGCGAUGAGCGCCAAGGGCCCGCAGCCGCUUCUACCGAAGUUGCUCCCCGCGCCGAUCACCGGCCGCGGACGAGGACGACCGCCGAUGCAGCCGAGGUAUUCCGAUCUGAAAACAUUGCGGCCAGGUGCUACCACGAUGCGGCAAGAUAAUGUUGCAGGAAUGAUGUAUCGUCCUACAUCCUCUGGUUUAUUGGUACCCACGUCAUACCAGUUCGGUAGUAACCAAAUAUUCCAGGUGGUGGGUGGCUCUGGGACUGUCAUGUCGGCUGUCUCGGGAGUGAGUAGCAGUAGCGGCGGCAGUUCCGGUCAACCCACACCAAUUGCACUUGUACCCAACGUAAUCGACUCUCUGUCUAGGUUGUCCUCGUCACAGAACACAACAGCCAGUUCCAAAAAUCCCACGGCAAAGUUAUUAAGUCAGCCAAGUAUAUCUAUUACUCCACUACCACGUACAACAUCUCAAACCUCCAUUCCGGGGUCAGGAACUUCUUCAAAGUCCGCAGGAAAGAAUACAUUUGUUAUAUGUGAAAUUUGUGAUGGAUAUAUUAAGGAUCUAGAACAAUUACGAAAUCAUAUGCAAUGGAUCCACAAAGUAAAAAUACAUCCAAAGAUGAUUUAUAACAGACCUCCAUUAAACUGCCAGAAAUGCCAAUUCCGAUUCUUCACAGAUCAGGGUUUGGAAAGACACUUGUUAGGAUCUCAUGGGCUUGUCACAUCCAGUAUGCAAGAGGCAGCAAAUAAAGGGAAAGAUGCGGGUCGUUGUCCAGCUUGUGGCAGGGUAUAUCAGUGGAAAUUAUUAAAUCAUGUUGCUCGAGAUCACGGGAUGACAUUAAAGCCAGCACACCUAUCGUAUAAAUGUACAGUUUGCACUGCCACAUUCGGAAUGUACAAGCAGUUCGAGAACCACGUAUACUCUGCGCAUAGUGUCGUAGCAAAGAGAGUAAUGGAUAAGAAGAACGCGCCCGCGUCCCCGUCGUCCAGAUCGAACGACUCGCUUCUGAAGCCGUUGAAGAUCAACGACGAGAUCACGAUUAUCCCGCAACCGGCAAAGCCCACCACCAGAUCCGGUGCGAUUCAAGGCAGAGGAAAAUAGCAAUGAUGAGCUUGAGUGAUAAUUGUGUCUUGUCUGAUCGAAUUUCGCAUAACUCUUUGUGGUACUUCAUACUGAUCACUGCGAGCGUACAGUGGUUAACGUGCCGUUAACGUGUACAUGUGUAUGUAUACUAUGCUUUAAGACGCGCGAAUUAAUUCCAAACACCUAAAGGAAGGAAAAAAAGCUAAGGAAAAGAAAAGGAAACACUUACUCUUGACACAAGGAAACUAGUUGACUGCAUAAUAAUAUUCCAUCAAUGAUUAUACCGAUAUAUAUUUAUUUAAGAAUUUUUAUUGUUGUUAUCGGACCUACAUAAAAUAGACUGUAAAAACAUUAAAAGGGUGGCCUUCAGUCUAAUUCCUUGGUUAAAUCCUAUAGCUGCAUACUCCCGACCUAUAAACGCCUAUAUGUGUAACACGGACUCUCGCGCGAAAUAUCAAGUGUAUUUACAUUUCGGUGCGACGGUACAUCGUAACACGUCACGCGCAGUACGGAUUACUCUCUUGCAUAGCGAAUUCUCUAUAAUGUAAAUUCUUUUUCUAAGAUAAAUAUAUUCGAAUUUAUUCUAUUUUGUUAUUAUGAUGACUAAAUAUGACUUUGGGACAAUGAAAUUGUCCCUCAAUCUCCGGUUUGAUAGGACGAUAAACAUCAUGUUUGCGAAGUAGUUUCCAAACGAUAUACGAUGCGAUAAAUUAUACUAAUUGACCAGAGUGCCCACGACUGUCUCACGAAUCUAGUAUACAGGUACUAAAUGACAAGUGUAUACUAGCUACCAUCUGAGAGAUUCUUCAAAUAUAUAUGCUAUACUUUCAUUUCGCCAUCGUACGUUUUUUAAUUAACAAUUAGUGAAAUUUAUCGUCAUUUUAUUUAUAAUUAUAUUUCAUAAAACUGUGUGUAUGGAAUAAUUUAUGAUAUAAUACAAAAAAUCCUUUUGUUUUUUCUUUUUUAAUCGAAACUUGUAAAUUGUAUCUAUAUUGCUAUAGGUUUUUGAAACCCUUUAGUCGCGUAUAUUGUAAUAAAAAAAAAUAAAUAAAAUAUCCAGUUUUAUUUUAGCGCUCUUAUAAGAACAACAAAAAUGUACAUUAAUAUAGGAUAUAAUAUAAAGAAAUAUAUCAAUAAAAUAGGAUGGCACACACAAA